AUGAUGUCAGCGGGCACAAACAUCGAUUGGUUACUGCAUAUUUACUUUGCUCGCAAAGAUUUCGAACGCUGUAAAAAACUAAUAGACCGUGAACUGUACAGACACCUGAAUCCCGAGUAUCUUUUUUUUGUUAAGGGUUUAAUAGACCGUGAGGAGGGCAACAAUAUUGAAGCUAUGCGAAAUUUACAAAAGUCUUUAGAAUUAAAUUCCGAGAAUAUUGAGAUUUACAAAGAAAUUGGAAAGACAUUAUUCAUGAUGGGUCGUUACAAUCAAUCUCUCAGUAUAUUCCGUGAAGCUGAAGAGCUGUCGACACGUUUGGAUCAUGAAAUUUUCCAUUUCAUUGGUGAAUUACUGUUACGCUCAGCAGCAUCGCGCAAUCAAUUGGAAAUGGCACACCAGGAGGAAUUGGAAGCGAAGGCAUAUUUUCAAAAAGCCGUACAAACCGGCAAGAAACUAGAAAGUUUUCAACGUUUGGCUGAAAUACAUCGCAAGGAAAAGGAAUACAAUAAAGCCAUUGAGGUGUUGGAGAACUGUUUGCUACUGUCGCCUGAAAAUACAGAUGUUUUGACGGAAAUUGGUGUUUUAUAUUUAAAGCUUAAUGAAACACAAAAGGCUUUUGAUCGCUUAUUGGAAGUCAUACAAUUCGAUAAGAAUUGCUUGCGCGGUUUAAUGGCAUUUGCUGCAAUAUUACAGUCUCGCAAUGAUGUUGACGGUGCCUUGGGAAAAUACAAAGAAAUUGCUGCCUUACAGCCGGACAUUGCUGAGCUAUGGAAUAAUAUUGGUUUGUGUUUUUUCAAGAAGCAAAAAUUAAUUGUGGCUAUUUCAUCGCUUAGAAAAGCAAUUUGGCUUUCUCCUCUGAACUACAAUGCUCUAUACAAUUUGAGUUUGAUUUAUAUAACAGCCCAGCAAUAUGCCAGUGCUUUUCAUACUUUAGCAGCAGCCAUAAAUUUACGCAAGGAUAAUGCUGAAUGCUAUAUGCUACUGGGUAUUUGUUUACGCAAACUUGAGGAUUUCGAUAAUGCCUUCAUCGCAUUUGAACGUGCCAGUGCAAUCUCUGCCGCAGCAGUUGCUUCUUCAACAACAUCCUCAACUGCUAGCGCUGCUGCAGCAUCCUCUAAUGCUGGCACAACCAACCAAAGUGCCAUCAGUAGGACUAGCAGUAGUACAUCUUACAAUCCUUUGAUACAUCUAAAUUUUGCUCUGUUCUGUUAUGAAACGGGUCGUUUGGCUGUGGCUACGGAACAGUAUAAUCGUUUUGUUGGCUGUGCUCAGGAUUUGAUGCUGUUGCCAACUGAAUAUAAAUUUCAAGCAACCAAACUUAAAUCCUUAUUGAAAAUUUCCUCAAGUCAUAUUUUAAAUUGCGAUGACACAGCAAGUACUUCAACUGAUGUUGCUGCUGCUACCACUGCCACUGAUGCUAAAGUUUUUGAAACAACUGAUGCUGGUGGUGUUCGGAGUAUUUACAAUUAUGUAAAUGCGGAUAACAUCGAUGGAAAUGAUGUUGUUGCUGAUGAAGAUGCUUUAAAGAACAGCGACAAUGACAAAUUCUAUGUCAGCACUGACAAUGAUAAAGACAAAGAAGACAAAGAAUUUUCCAGCGUUGCAGAGGAGGAUGAGGCCACAACAAAAUUUUUAAUAAAACAAAAAUCAAAAAUACCACUCGAAGUCAAUGCAGUGGUCAACUGA